UUGCCCACCACUAAUCCACAAGUCCACAAGUAAAGUAAGGUUAUAUCUUAUAUACCAAAUAAAUCUUUAAUUUAAAAAAAAUAAGGAAAUAUGAAUAUAAAAUUAUAAAGCCUACCUAUUUCUUUUUUUAUUUGACAGUGUUAAAUGGAUGGGAAUAUAACAUGUGAGAAAUUUAUUUCUUAUCUGUUAUGAAUCAUGUAUUUAUCUAACAUUAUAUACCUACAGUAAUAUUUGUUGGGCAUUGCCACAUGAAAUAAUUAAUCUGUGAUUGAGAUUGCUACCGGCAUUCAGUUAACAAAUAGCUAAUAGCUUUUAAUUAACUAAUAAAAAAACUAAAUUUAGGCUGGUUAGGAUGUCGUAUCACAUAAACAUAAUGACAUUCCUCGUAGUCGUAAAAUUAUUAAUAGUGAUAUCCUUUUUUAUGAUAGUAGCACUAGCGAUUCUCUUUCCUGUAAUUUAUCUUUACCUCAGACGAAAAUUCAAAAAAGAGAAAGCGAAAAGUGUUGCAAAAGAACUUGUUCUUGGUAUAUUUCACCCGUAUUGUAAUGCGGGAGGUGGCGGAGAAAAAGUUCUAUGGGUGGCUUUACAAGCCAUACAAGAAAAGUACCCUAAAGUUAAAAUCAAUGUCUACACCGGAGAUGUAGAGGUAACCCCUGGAGAAAUCUUAGAAAAAGUUAAGAAAAAUUUGAACGUAAACAUAAAAAAUAUAAACUUUAUCUAUUUAACUAAGCGUAAGUGGAUAGAGGGCCAUAGGUAUCCCGCAUUCACUUUGUUAGGCCAGGCGCUAGGUUCUAUGUAUUUGGCUUACGAAGCCUUAACCAAAUUAGUUCCAGAUGUGUUCAUCGAUACAACUGGCUUUUCUUUUUCUUUACCGGUGUUCAAAUACCUGGGCGGUUGUAAAACGGGUUCCUACAUACACUACCCCACCAUCACCAAAGAUAUGCUCCGCAGAGUAUCAAGCAGACAAGCCAUUUACAACAACAGAGAAGUUAUUGCUAGAAGCCAGACAUUGACUUUGGGAAAACUCAUAUAUUAUCACAUUUUUGCCUGGGUAUAUUCACUCACUGGCCAGUGUUCCGACAUAACCCUAGUAAAUUCUACGUUCACUUUAGAGCACCUCACCAUACUCUGGAACAAACCGCUGCACUUAGUUUACCCCCCUUGCGAAAUUGACCACUUAAAAAGGUUGCCGAGGAGUUUGGAAAAGCCUAAAAAAAUCCGCAUCAUGUCCCUAGCUCAGUUCCGACCCGAGAAAGACCACCCCUUGCAGUUGCAAGCGAUGUACGAGCUCCGAGAGAUGGUACCGGAAGAACUCUUCAGCAACAUAACCCUAGUCCUGUGCGGCGGCUGCCGUAAUGCCGACGACGAGAAGCUCGUUAAAGACCUGAUGGAUUUCAGUAAACACCUAAGCCUCGAAAACAACGUCGAAUUCAAACUUAACAUCCCCUACGACGAUUUGUUGAAGGAGUUCCAAAAUGCUUAUGUCGGGAUCCAUACCAUGGUGGACGAGCACUUUGGUAUCAGCGUUGUGGAGCAGAUGGCGGCAGGGUUGAUAAUGGUGGCGCACAGGUCAGGGGGGCCUCUUUUGGAUAUCAUCGAGACUUCUGAGAGUUCUAGGCUGGGAUUUCUGGCACAGAUGCCGCAGGAGUUUGCGUACAUCAUCAAGUUUAUCCUGGAACUGAGCGACGAGGAAGUGAACGAGAUUAGGGAACGGGCUAAGGCUUCGGUGGAGAGGUUCAACACUAAGAAGUUUAGGGAGGAGUUUUUGAGGGCGACCGAGCCGCUUUUUAAGUAGUUGUUGGAGGAAGGGACUUGAAUUUGUAUAUAACUUUUACUUUUUGUGUACAUAAAAAAAUAAAAAUGCACAUUUAUUCA